GAUUUGCCUAAGAGACUAAGUACUUUGAAAUUUAAAGAGGCGUACUAGAUUGCAUGCGUCCUCUUCGGAGUACUGACCUUCUGCAAGCCCCAGAAACAUAAAUGUCGACUCAAAGCUUUGAUCCCAACAAUGCCCAGAAUCUCAUCGAGAUAGAGAAGCAAUUUGCAGUAAAAGCGGUCGAACAUGCUCAGACAUACUGGAACCUGCUUGAGAAAGUUCCUCCGCGUUCACUCAAGUUGACAAAGCUUGACGACGAGAUAUACGAGCAUACCAUGUCGGCGUUCCCUGAGUUUAACGAAGAUAAUCAUGCACACCUCGUUAAGCUCGACGAGGACUGGCUCAAGAGCGACAUUGGGAAAAAGAAGUGGAGAGAGUUUUGUCAGGUAUAUGAAAAAAAAGUGAAGGAUUACAACUUUGGGUCUCUCAUCCGUACAGAUGCAAGGAAAGAGUACGGGGAGACGAACACUAUCUUUGUCACACGAAUACAGUUCUACGCUAUUGAGCUUGCCCGGAACCGACUGGGACUAAAUGAUGGGGCGCAUGAAAUUGCCAAGGCAGAUGCCGAGAAGGAGAGGUUGAAGAAGGAGAAGGCCCUGAAGAAAAACGGCACAUCAUAGCAUCAUCUUCGCAAGGCUAUGUACUGCUUCUCCUUAGUGUCGUGUAGCCUUUGUGAGUAACUCGGCCUCUAACGAUGGGUACCCUCUUCACGAACAUCGUCCAGAAAUAGUUUAUAGAUUUUUGCGGGA